AGAAGAAACACGUUGGCGGCGCGGUCUUUCAAUACUUCCCACGGAGGCGGUUUCCCGGGUCGCUGGCUGGCUGUGGCCUAGUACCUGCUGUGGCGUCAUGCAACGCUGUGCCGAAACCUGUUCACAUUUCCACCACCAUCCCAACUUGCUCAACCCUUUACUACAAUGUCUUCCAGAGAGCCGAUGUGGUAUUGUCACGAAUGUCAUGCUGAGAUGAGGCCACUCAUGCAACCGGAUCCAAUCUGUGCAUCAUGUAAUGGCUCAUUCGUCGAGAAGAUAGAGGAUCCAAGCGAUGAUCCUCGGGCAUAUCAGCAACACACUCCGAGGGGAGGAGUCGAUAACGAAAUACCCCCGAGUUUAGGUGGCUUGCUAGCUGCAAUGUCGGGAAUUCCUCGACCUCGCUCGCCUACCUUCCCUCGUAGCCCUGAGGGAGGACCGGGUGGGAUCCGUCUUGAGUUUCAUAGUGGACCCAGUCAUGGUGCCGCAAGAACUUUGUUUCUUGGAGGUCCCAACACCCUUAAUCGUCCACGCUCUCCGGAGCAGCGUGAUCGUGAUGCUAAUCCAACCAUGUCCGAGUUUUUGCGCCGUGAAAAUCAAAGUGGUCCACGACAUCCCGGAGACAUCACUGGCCCAAUGAUGGCACAAUAUUUAUUGGCUUUACUGGGACACGGUCCCACCGGUAGAGGCAUGGACCCGUUUGCUGAAAUGUUCUCCCUUGGUCCUGAAGGAGGAGGAUCGGGUGGACGAUGGGGCGACUAUGUUUUCAAUCAAGAGGCAUUGGACCAAGUGAUAACGCAGAUAAUGGAAAAUUCUGCUUCUCGGCCUGUUCCAGCAACAGAAGACAUUGUCAACGAUCUCCCACGAGAAGUUCUUGCGGAAAGAUCUCCACUAUUGGAUAAAGAUUGCGCUGUAUGUAAAGAACAGUUCCAGCUUGGAACUGAAGACCCAGAAGAGCAGGUUGUUGUAACUCUUCCAUGCAAGCACCCAUUUCACCAGCCUUGUAUAUUGCCAUGGUUGAAAUCAAGCGGAACGUGUCCUGUUUGCCGGUAUGCUCUUGUAGAACAAGCACAACAGCCACGCUCACCAGGAGGAAGUCCCCCUGGACCAGGAAGUGGACCCAGUAACCGCCCAACAAGUCCAUCAUCACCUCCACCACGUCCUCGAUCGCCUGGGAACUCGGGUCGUAGUGGUGGAGGAUUGUUCCAAUCAUUAUUUGGGGGAAGUACGAGUAGCUCGAGAGCGGCUGGUUCUUCAUCUCAGGGUAGGAAUUCAAGUUCAAGAGGAGCGCGUCGCGCAGGAAUGUCCAAUGAGUCCCCGGGCAGUACGCCAUCUUUCCCUGGGCGCUGGGACGAAGAAACAGACUAAUCACGCCUUGUCUUCGUUUGUCAGACCACCCACGGAAUAACCUGCGUUAAAUGCAAUCGGCUUCUUACGCAUUCUGUUUCAAGAAGUCCUAGUAGCCCAUCUAGAUAUGCAUAUUCGAUGUUUCGAUUCGUUUUACCUCUUUUUCCCUCUCGCAUGUUGUAAGCAUAAGCAUUUAUUUUAUCUCUGUCCAUAGUAGAGGGAGAACUUUUGGAUCAAUAGUUCCUCCAUAUUAUUGUCAGGCAAAAAUAUUAGGAAGAUUAUUUGACUUUACGGUAUGCCACGGAGCAAGGGGAGCAUCCAAAGACUCCAUACUUGCAGGUUGGAAAGGUCAUUAUCUAGCGCCAUUGUCAAAGAGUAG